AUGUGGAUGGAACUCAAUACUUUCUGGUCAGGAGAAGAGACGACGGAUAUCUCAUGGCCGUAUUCGAUAGACAGCAUGUCCGAGACCGAAUCUUCCAAGACCCUAAAGGAUGGGAAGAUUUUGGAAUCUUUGUUAACAUGGGAAUCGACAAGUGGCAAGCAAGCGAACAAAAUUGGGAGAACCAGGGAGGAUUCUGGUUACAUUACUUACCCUUCUUGGACCAUUCCUCUUACACCCACGAUCGGAUCAACUACGGACUGGACUACCACAUUUACAACCUGUCCAAUGCACGAGGAACUGUCCUGUUCGAGUGCGAUAUCCAGGAGUGUAUUGACUACUGGAGAAACGUCCGAAUCGAUCAGUGGAGUUACGACACCCAAGAACAGUUACCAGCCCCCUUCCCCUGGAGGACAUGUCGACACUACCAUGGGAGAUAAUAGUGCCCCAGGAGGACCAAGAGAUAUACCCGACGAUGCCUCCAGUACAAGCACCAGAGUGGGAGGACCUGACGAUAAUAACAACGAUGAAUCCGAACCUAGAGGAUUCGACAGCGACAUCGAAAGCAUCAUUGUCCAUGAACGACCAGUCAUCCACAUCAACCAACUCGAAUCAGUUUCGGUACCUGGAACUGAUGGUGGAAGAAAUGAAAGCGACGAUGAUGAAUACGAAUGGAGAGUUAGAGCUUACUCUCCCAACGGAAGUAGUGGAAGGAGAACAACGGCAACAACAUCCAGCGACGGUCGACUCAGCAGUCCCUUCGUCCGAGAACUUACAAAUGGAGGAAUGCCAGUAUGGAGCGACUAUGACUUUGGAUACAGAGGGAAGCAUACGGAAUACGAGUACACUGAUGAUGGAAGAAUGAGGAGUAUGACCUCUACUCCUGAAUCACUACCCCAGAUAUCUACGACAUCUAUGAGCAAUGGGAUUAGUGAAGGAAUGAAAGUAGAAGGAAAGGAAGAGGA